AAAGACCUGAUACAAAAACAACCAGAACCGUCGAGAGCGACAGACGCACGUCGAAAAACCGCACCGAGACCGCACCCCAGAGACCGUCCGCUGUGACCCCCAUCAUGGCCAUCUCCUACGUGGAAGCCGAGAAGCUGAAGCCCACCGAAUUCGAAGAAAAGUACUUCGACGACUACGAGUACUACAACCUCACUGACCGAUACGCCUUGCCUGGAGCAGCCAGGAAGGGACGGACAAAGAAAGAGGCUCGAGAGAACACCAAUAAAGACAGUCCUUCUGGACACGAGAGGAAGAUUGUAGACAAACUACAGAGGACAGAAGGCAAGAAGAAGUCUAAGUCUGGCAAAGAGUGACACAGAUUUUUACUCCGGACGGCACCAGGGCGCAGGAACCGAUGGCAUGUGACAGACACAGAGAACUUGCAGAGUCUGGGACGGUGGACAGAAGUCUCUGCCAUUCACCAGGACGACACUGAGCAGAUGCUGGAGACGCCUGAGCGGCUGCAGAGUAUUGCUCCAGCGCACUGUCUCAACCAGCAGAGAACGCGGCGGCAGCAGAGAUCUGCAGCACAUCACAUCUGUUAGUAGCACUGUAGAGAGGACGCAGAGCAUCGCGCUCUGUCCACCUUUCUGUGAUGUAGUGUUUUACAGUGACCCCUCAAUCAGUGGGCGGAGUCACGGCUCCAUUAACCAUUUCACGGCUGCAUGGAGCAGAAAUAAAGAUGUUUGAUGUAGACGACGUGUGAC